AUGCAGAAGAAGCUGUCAAGAAAAAUUCCCACUUCUAUAGAGAUGCUGUCAACAAGGAUGUUGUUAGAUUAUGUGAACUUAAUUUCUGGUUGGCCAGAAAUUAAAAAUAAUCACAAAUUACAUCAAAAAUGGGCGAAUAGGCCCGAUUUGGUGUGUCGAGUCUUCCACACCAAUUUGCUAGAAUUUAUAGACGACAUCACUGCCAAACAAUAUUUUGGAGUUCCACUCAACUACAUGUACACAGGGGAAUUCCAGAUGCGAGGUUUGCCGCAUGCUCACGAUCAUUUGACACUUGGACCCGAGCCAGCAUCAAUGCUGCUGUGUACACCGAAUUUCCAGAUGCAGAUGAGGAGCCCCGUUUGUAUGACAUCAUAUCACAUCACAUGAUCCAUAAACCUUGCGGCCAUCGAGAUCCCACUGCCUCGUGAAUGAUGGAUGGACAUUGCAAGAAAUUUUGCCCGAAAGUAUUGGCACGAUCUCACGAUUCGCCGUCUCAAGUGUCAGGAACUCAGCUAGUACUUCCUAUAUGUAUGAGGUCUACGGGGCCUUUCAUCCUGGUUGCGAGAUCUUAGGGGGUUAUGCUUAGCAGCAAGAGGGUGACCUAACUACUACACACCGUAGCUAGGUUGAAGCAAGGAAAG